AUGGAUGGGGACAACAUAGAGCCCAGGGAACUCGAAAUACUCCCUAUUAAACUCGUGCAGACAGCGCUGCAGAAGGGACUGCUGGAUAGGGCCGCGCUCAGCAGGGUGGGCGCAUCUACUGGAAAGAGCGGCAAGAAGCAAACCGCCAUUCGACACAAAAAGUUCAGCAAAGAUGCUGUCAACGUCUUCAACCGAGCGGCGUCACUCUUCGUCCUGUACAUCACAACGAUCGCCCAAGAUAUCGCAAAAACAAAAAAGAGGGCAACUGUGUACGAGGCGGACAUUCUAGAGGCGUUGAAAUCAUGUCUUUUCUGGGAAAUUGAACGAGAAAUGUCCGAGGAGAUGGCAGCCGUGAACGAACUCAUGAAGAGAAGACAAGCGCAAAUACUGCGCGAACAAAAACAGGAAGCAGAUGCUGACACAAUCGCAAACGAGGAUCAAGCUGCAGAGGCAGACGAUGCGGUCGACAUGCACGAUGAGGAGCACAACUCGGAUAUCGAUGCCGCUGAUGUCGAGGAACUAGAGGAAGGCUUCGAUUACGACCAAUUCCCCGAGCUGGAUGCAACGGAACAGGUAGAAAAUAUGUUUGAAGAACAAACCGAAGAUGCGAUUGAGCCUGAAAUGUCUGAGCAGGACGGUGGCGUGCAUGAUUAUGAUAUGUUUGGUGCCGACGAUCUCAGCGAUGCUGCGCAUGUGUCUAAUCUCCCUGAUUUCACCGAGGACGCAGUUAUGGCUGACAACGGCGAUGUCAAUUAUGGCGGCAAUACAACCACACCGUAUGGCAGAACCACACAGCUAGACGACAUGGAUGGCUUGAUGGAUUUCCCUGGAGGGAACACUCAACUGGUAGAUGAUAAUCCUCCGGGGAAUACAGAAACGGAGGAUGUGCAUAAUGCUUCGACUCAAGCUUUAUGA